GUUUGGUUACCUGUCUGUCGGUGUCGUCUAGCCACGCAGGCACAGCUCAAAACUUAAACUUAGUUACAACUCAAAAUUGUACAGACUACUCGUUUAGUAAACUAAAGUGCAGUGCGCGUAUAUUACCAUACUUAGUGAGUCUGUAGGUAGAAAACGAACCGCUUUAACUUUUAACUCACAACAGAACAUAACCUAUAAUUAGGUAGCGUCAAUCCUUACCUGAAACGCGGGUGACCAUUCGAUUACGGAUUGUGUAGUGCCUUGUGUUGUGUGGAAUAGUUUUUUUUUUAUUUGAAGACUUUGUUUUAUUUGAAGACAGUUUCAGAAGAGACGUGGAUAAAUUGGUUGUUAACUCAGGCAUGUCGGAGAGCACGGCGUAGUCUGAGGAACGCACCAAGAUGAUGGGCACAACACACUUGUGUGUGUUCUACGUGGCGACGGCGGGCCAGCAGGGCAACAACCUGGGCUCGGACGAGGAGGAGAUCGUACUCCUCAUCUAUGUCAUCAUCGACAUGUCCGUCAACAAGGUCGUGGGUGUACAGCAGUACCUGGUCAAGCCCACGGUGGCGGACAUCAACGAGAACGUCUUGUCGGAACAGCUGGUGGAGGAAAGCGCCCUCACAGAGGACCUCGUCAAGAACGCAGGCCAACCCCUGGAGUCUGCUAUCCGACAGUUUGACUCGUACGUCAGGUCGCUCCAUAUUGACCCCGAGUCGCCGCUGUUCCGGCUCGUCACGGACGGUCAACUUCCCCUCAGGCAAUGUCUCCACCCCGAGGCUUGCUCCAAGAACAUCGACCUCCCCUCCUACUACUACAUGUUCCACGACCUCAGGAAAGACUUCCGAGCAUUCUACAGCGCUCCGGAAGACGCCGAACUCAACUCCGUCACCGAUCUCGUCGAUUAUUUAAGAAUGCCCCACGAUCUCGAUUGCCAGUUUUACGUGAAAGAAACCAAAGAUAUGGUGAACAUAGUUCAAAGACUAGUCGCAGACGGUCACACAUUCAACAAUCCAGAAACAAUUGACGACAAACUUGAACCUGGUAUUUGUUCCAAGAAUGAGGAAGUAGACAACAACUGUGUAGUUAGAGCGAGAGGACUUCCGUGGCAAGCUUCUGACCAAGACAUCGCCAAGUUCUUCCGAGGAUUGAAUGUUGUCAAAGGUGGAGUCGCGCUUUGUCUGAGUAUCCAAGGUAGACGGAACGGAGAAGCUCUCAUCAGGUUCGUCAGCCAGGAACACAGAGACCUUGCGCUCAAGAGGCACAAACACCACAUCAACAACCGGUACAUCGAGGUCUACAAGGCGACCGGGGAAGACUUCAUCAACGUGGCGGGAGGAAGGAACAUGGACGCUCAGGCGUUCCUCACCAGAGGUGCGCAGGUCAUCAUCAGGAUGCGUGGCCUGCCUUACGACUGCACGGCCAAACAAGUGAUCGAGUUUUUCGAGGCUGGAGAGAACUCGUGCAGUGUGAUGGACGGAGAAGAGGGUGUGCUGUUUGUGAAGAAACCUGACGGCCGGGCGACGGGAGAUGCCUUUGUGUUGUUUGCGGUAGAAGAUGACUCGGCCAAGGCUCUCAGUAAACACCGGGAACUGAUCGGUACGCGGUACAUCGAACUGUUCCGCAGCACCACUGCUGAGGUGCAACAGGUGCUGAACCGGUCGAUGGACCCCAAGACUUAUGAAACGCCUCUGCCACUGCCGAUCACGCAGUUGUCGCAAGUACCUCUGGUGCCUCAACACUUUAUCACCUCUGGUACUCGCAAAGACUGCAUCCGGCUACGAGGGCUGCCCUACGAGGCUCAGGUGGAGCAUAUUCUAGAGUUUCUGGGAGACCACGCCAAGAACAUAGUGUUCCAGGGAGUUCACAUGGUCUACAAUGCUCAGGGCCAGCCGAGUGGAGAGGCGUUCAUCCAGAUGACAUCGGAGUCUGCUGCGUUCCAAGCUGCCCAGCAGAAGCACCACCGCUACAUGGUGUUUGGCAAGAAGCAGCGUUACAUCGAGGUGUUCCAAUGUAGCGGUGAGGACAUGAACCUGGUGUUGACUGGUGGAGCCGUCAGUCCCGUGGCCAAGGCUCUGCUCAGCCCGGGAGGUACACCGACACUGGCACCGCCGCCUCCAUUUGCCCCACAGUACACGUUCCUCCCCUCUCCUCUGAUGGGUCGUCCCCCACCACCUCCCCCCUUCUACCCUCAGAUCCUGUACUGGCCGUACCCCUCCCCACCAGUCAGCCCCCCGCAGCCUCCCUCUGCUCUACUCAUUAUGCACACCGACCCUGCCAACCUGCUGCAUUCAGUGCCUGAGUGGGGGAUGGACUACCUUGCUCCCAGUCAUCAGCUCGGUGCCCAAAACAUCGGGACUGGUUGUUUCAGGCCCACUGGGGAUGCACUCUGCGGCCGCCUGACUGUAGCCUCCCCUGCCCUGCUCGUCAGAGACUAUAGUGUUAUAACUGAGCCAAAGUUGAAGUAAUAUAAUCGUUUUGCAUGCGUGAACAAGUGUCUUGUUAGGUUAUGUGGCGAAUCGUCCGUUCGCUGUCUUUUAUUCAACUGAUUUGUCGUCAAAGACGGUCGUGCAGAUUUGUGCUGGCAAAGAGAGUACGCUUGAAAUGGAGUCGAUAGUCAGAUUACCUUUGUAACGAAGCAUGUCGAGUUUAAUUAUUAGACUAUACGUUAAGUAGUAUUUUUGUAAAGAGCUUGUAUUAAAAAUACAUAACUGAAUGUUAGUCGUAAGUGCUAGUUAAUUUAUUUAAGACGUUAAGUUUAUGUCAGAUAGUCUAUUUUUGAAACAACAUUGAUCACGAUGUCUUCCCUACGUUGUCAAUUGUGUUCUUUUCCGUAGGCAGGUUUGAGACUUCAUUACUAUGUGUGUAAAGAUGCACAGUGUGUUCUUAAUAUUCUAUGAAAAUUUGAAAACCCUCAAAUAGGUUGUGUUUAAAUAAAUCAUUUGUAAAUAUUAGAAUAAUUUAAGUUAUACAUGACAUUAUGGAACUGUUAUUUUCUUGUAUCGAGUCUAAUUGAUUUAUUUGUUGUUAUAUUUUCUGUUGAACUUUAAAUUAUUUAAUAGAUUUCAUAAAAUCGUCUAUUGAAAGUGUGCUUAUAGUUUAUUUAAUACGUUAAGAAAUCUAUAUAUUUGUAAACGUAGCGUAAUAUAAGACAUAUCAGAAACACAACGAAUUGUACUAGAGAAGUGCAAUACGGUGUUUAGUUUAGGUUAAGUCUAGCUUGUUUUGUCGAUAGUAUUGACUAAUCAGUUUAUUGAAUGACGAGUGUUGUGUGUUAUCUUUGUUUGUGUUUUUGUGUGCACUAGUUCACAUUUUCCUAGGCUGUGUUUGAAUUCAAAAUAUCAAUUGAUAAUUUGAAGUGCACAUGACUUUUCGAGUGGUAAUUUUUAAAGCCCAAUGUUUUUUGAAAAUAAACCCCGAGAGGUGGAGCAGAUCUCCGUGUUCCUAGUAGUGUUAUAAAACAUCGCCUUGUCUUCGUCUCCAGUAUUACAGACAAGAAUCUCAUUCGACCUGUGUUUUAUCUAAAGACGAGUUGUGCAAACUGUUAAUCGUGUUGAAAUUCCUGUUAGAACUUUACUUUGUUUAUGAAAUACAUAACUUAUACUCAUUAAACGAUUCUGGGACGAUGUUAAGUACAAAAAAGAUUGAACAAUCCCGCAAUUUUAACUGAAAUAAGACAGAAUUAGAGAUGUGAUAUUUUGCUAUAUCGAUUACAUAAUAUUAAGCUGUAGGUAUAAGUUGUUGUUAGAUGCAUAAUCCUGCCAUCUAAACUUGUCUAAGCCGAUCUAAACUUUUCCAAAAAUUGUGACCUUUGGCAUUACCUAGUAGGUGAUUCGUGCUAACGGUAACAGCUUUAAGAACAAACUACCACCAUCGAGAGACGUAACUCCGUUUACGAUAGUUAAGACUAUGUGCAAUAAGCUAAGAAAGAGAUAUUAAUAUAUAUUAUUGACUAGUGUUAUUCAGUCUAAAUAAAUAACGUAGUCCGAUUAUAUUUAGUUGUUAUUGACUUUGCUGUUUCUGUUAUUUAGAGAGAUCAUAAUUGAUAUGAAAUAAACUUAUACACAUUUUAAAAACUAAA